AUGGAAGGUGUUUCUCCAACUUUGAUACGGAUACCGAUAACUCAAGCAAUGUCCGAUUACAUUGAUUUUCGAUGUUUAAAUUAUGACGAUAAGCGCAAUUUUGAAACGAUUUCUCCACGCGAAUACAAUCCAAAAGAAUUGAAGCUAUUGAACAACGAAAUAAACAACGAGAUUCCUGUGGAGAUUCGAGAUAAACUCGUCGAGCUUAAAAUAUCGAGAUUUGAUCCCAAAUGUUGGCUGAGCAAGAACAAUGCUCUGAAGUUACCGGAUGUGUUGAAGUUAGAAAUCAUUGGGCAAGAUUUAUUCAAGAAUAGACUCAUUAUCUCGGUAGAAAACAAGGACACGAAAGCGCUCGAGUUAAAGCUGGUGAAAAUGUCACCUUCAAGUGUCGGUGUAUUUUUCGAUCUGAAAUACCAUAUAAAGGAUAAUCCUCUUAUCACUAGAUUCGGGCCUGGCAAAAGAACGAAACUCGGUUUCAAUUUCAGACAAGCGAUCAAGAGUUUGGAGUAUUACAGUAAAAACCCAAACCUCAAGCUGUUUCCGCUGUUCGGCUUCAGAGUUGACAGCCUCAACCUCAACCUUUGGCUAAGGUUCGACUUCGACGGAGCACGAAGAUUAUACGUGCCGCAGUUCACACUUGAACGUUCCAUUCUUGGCGGUUUAGACGUUAACGAGGAACACGAUUCGUAUGAGGACGUGCAACUUGGCCAUUUCAACAUAAAAGAUAUGAAAUGGGACGGUACACGAUUCGUUUUCAAACUGGAGACGAUGAUGACUUUGAGUUAUCGAAUGGUUGAAUACGAGGACGGUGGUCGUCUAAAGCCUGCCAAGAAGGGUGUGCGAUUUUACGACUUGGAUAACACAAAUCACAAUCCGCUAAAAGCCACCAAUGAGCUUCGUGCAGGCCAAACCAAGCCGUUUCUCUGGUCUUUUGCCGAGCUUCGGGCCACGGCUUAUCUCGAGUCGUCUAUUGAACAAAACGAUCCGACGAAAUGGCCAGAGUUGGGAAUGGAAGGUGAAGGGUGGCAGCUUUUUAUAAAGCUCACCUGGAAUCAGGAAUCACCUAGCGGCAAAUGGGCCCCCGAGCUCGAAUUCAAAGAAGCUGGGAAAACGGUGCGAGAA